AUGAUACGUAUCUCAUCCACCCCCAAUGUGUUUGCCACAGCAUGGACUAACUCCAAGUACAGUGUUCCUAAGCGACGCAUCGAGACGGAUGUAAUGAAACUGUACGUGUGGCAUAAAUACUCAUCGUUCAGCAUCAUGUCAGACUACGAGAUCCAUCUUGUGGAUGACAAUAUGCAAGAGUUUCAUGUAAUUUUCCAAGGUCCUUCAGAGACGCCGUAUGAGAAAGGCGUAUGGCGCAUACACGUUGAGCUUCCUGACCAAUACCCCUACAAAUCUCCGUCCAUCGGAUUUGUGAACAAAAUUUUUCAUCCCAACAUUGAUGAAGUUUCGGGCUCUGUCUGCCUGGACGUGAUCAAUCAGACAUGGUCGCCCAUGUUUGAUUGUAUCAAUAUAUUUGAAACCUUUCUUCCUCAGCUAUUGCGGUACCCAAAUCCCACUGACCCAUUGAAUGGAGAAGCAGCGGCAAUGUUAUUACGCGACGCAGACGCGUACGAUCGAAAAGUACGUGCAUUUGUGGCGGCAUUUGCGACAGGGAAAACUGCAGGCAAAGACGCAACACCGAAUGCAGAGGAUGCCGCUGACAAUGUGGAUGACGACGAAGACAUGAGCGAUAUCGGUAGUAUGUCCGACAUUGGCAACAGCGUCUUUUCUGAGUAG